AUGGACCCGGCGCUGCUUCAGCCUCGGGUGGUCCCCUCUGGCCCAUCUGGUCCAUCUGGCCAUCCAGGCCCCAGCGCUGGUCCAGAAUCCAAGCCCUCCGUGGACGAAGCCCACCCCGCCGAGAUCGCCGAGCACUACUCGGACGACGACGCCGAGGGGGACGAGGGCGGCGAAGGCGGCGGGGACACCGCCGAGGGGUCCGCCAAACGUCCCCGGCUUCGCCUCGCGCACGCAUGCGACCGGUGUCGGAAACGCAAGAUCCGGUGCGAUACGCAGCAGCCAUGCGGGCCAUGUCAAGCGACCAAGAAUGAGUGCACCUUUCACACGCCGUCACGCAGGACGACGACGAAGCCCAAAGUCCAAGAUGGGGGCGUACGGAGCGCGUCCUCGAGCGGGGUGAAGCGGCCGCAUAGCCCGCCAGGCACCGGACCGGGCGGGGGGUCAGGGAGGGAUCAGACGGCGCUGGAGGCGCGGUUGGCGGCGCUGGAAUCGAUGUUGAGGGACGUGCCGCCCAAUGUGCACAAUGCGUUCUUGUCGAGCUUGGAUGCGAGGCUCGGCGGGGGUGUAGGCGUGGGCAUGAAGGAAGGGAGAGGUGGGGAUGGGGUGGGCGUUGCGCCAGAGGCGUUGACGGCGAGCGCGACGACGAACGGCGCCCUCAAUGGGCGAGGAAUGACAGGGCUCAACGCUACCGGUCAGAGAGGGAGCGAGACGCUCGCCCCGAGCUGGACAGGGCUGGGCCGGACGGGUGGAUCAGACGGCGGAAUGGGGAGGCAAGCAGCGGACACCUCGGGGGUGGAAGCGAUGUCGGCCAAGCUGGAGGGAAUGAACCUCAGUGGUGGUUUCUUCUAUCAUGAUGAGAUAGGAAUGGCCAAAUGGCAGGGCGCCACUUCUGGUUUCCCGCUACUAUCACUCCUCACCGCCGCCAAUGUGUCAGAGCAGGAGUCAAGUUCCAACGGCGCCCUCACUUCCCCACCUACCGAAUCACCCCCCGAGCGAUCCUCCGCUCGAGAUCCGUCACGGAGCCGUACCGCCGCCCCCGCGCCCCGGUCCUCAUCUACCGCCCGUCCCCGCUCUGUGGCGCCUGACCAAGCCGGUAAAUCUCGGUUCUUCCCAGACCGUGUUCCCCGGCCUCACCAGACUCUCAACCCCGAAGCAUCCUGGAAAGUCAUCACCUCGGUCAUUCCCCCAGACCUCAUGGAUACCCUCGUCCGGUGCUACCUCUCCACCUCUCACCUCCUCUGGCCGUUCCUCCACGUCCCGUCCUUCCUCGCGGACUAUGCCAACCCGAACCAAUGGGGCGAACCGGGCUUCGCAUGCUUCAUCGUCGCCGUCUGUACCUUGUCGUCCAGACACGUCGACGAUCCGCGCGUACGUGCCAAUCCAACGGACCCGUCCACGGCUGGCAAAACGUACUUUGAGCUGUUCAAACGAUUGAGGGAUCUUCCGGCGGCAGAUCGGCCGACGCUAUAUUCGACGCAGGCGGCGUUCUUGGCUGCGAUCUAUGCGUUUGGGUUGGGGAAUCUCAGCAAGGCGUUUGCGCUGCAGGCGGAGAGUAUCACGUUGUGCUUGGAUGGAGGGCUGCAUCGGAGUGUGGAUGGGUAUGAUCACUUCGAUGCGAUCGAGAAGGAGACGAGAAAGCGUACCUUCUGGGCCAUAUACUCGUGGGACAAGCAAUCAGCCGCCCUUUUCGGCCGACCGCCCAUCAUCCACCUCCGCGAUUGCGACGUCACAGAACCGCUUAUUGUCGACGACGACUAUCUCACUCCUGAGGGCGUGACGGACCAACCGAACGAGACCAAAUCUCGCUUGAACGCUUUUGUCGCAGCGAUCAGGCUACAUGUUAUCCUUGAGGGAGUGAUCGACGCUGCCACCCAGCCCUCUUCAUUCCCUACCUCCCCCUUCCUCGCCCGGGCCGCCGCGACCAUCGCGCGCCGUUCGACACAGCACGAUCUCCGAGAAGAGGAAGACCUACUGGAUGAAUGGGAGAGGAUACUGCCAAAGUACUGGCAGUACGAUCAGGAGACUACGUCGAGUCGGGAUCCGAUCCGGAUCACCCAGGCGGAGCGAUUACACUGUCUACAACACCUGGUCAAAAUGAUCAUCUACCGACACCGUUUCUCCGGAUUCGUCGUCAUGCCCGCCUCGACCGCCGAGGACCGGAACCGACAUCUCGAGAUGAGCCGAAAGGCCAUGCAGUGCGCUCUGACAAUUAUUGCGGAUCACGUCCAUAUCAGCCAGAGGGGGAUGAUGACUUACUAUGGUGUCCAUGUGAUCCACCAGCUCGCACAAGCCGGCCGAACACUCGUGGCUGUCAUCCUGAACUGCAGGAAUGCAGACUUCCGCCCGCUCGUCUCCCCCGCUAUCGAAGGCUUGAGGUCGUGCGUUGGUCUUCUGCGACGAUUCUCGGGACGAUACCUCUGUGGUUUGCGGAGUGCGGAUAUCAUUGAUGAGUUCUGCCGAAGUGAGCUUGUAGCAGCUGAUACGCCAGUCUGCAAUAUCCCCGUCGACUCCCCUCGCGUCCCGGACGGCUCGAACCGCCCCUCCCCCGCCUGGCUCCGGCCCGUCCAUAAGCGCUUCACCCCGUCGCCUAAUAUCAUGUCUGCCGGACAUGACCAGAUCCUUCCUUCUGGCUCACUACCGUCAUUCAACCCGAACGUCCACAGCAGUGCGGGUGCCAACGCUACAGGUGGAGCUGGAAGUAGUCGACCGACGCAUCGGUCCAAUCUCAGUCUGGGUCUCGGAGGGGGAACCAGCCCAGACCUCGAUGCGCUGUUCAAUACGGAUCAGUACUUCAAUGCGAUGAGCCCGUCGACUGAGAGCUUUGAUCUGGGGGGGAUGGCUAUGUCGGGCACUGGAUCAGGGACGGGGAUGGAGUAUCAUCCGAUGUUGGGCUCCGGCGGAGCAGGGGCGGGGACAGGGACGGGAUUGGGCGGUAUGGGAAUGGGAAUGGGACAGGGAGAAGGGUUUAACGACUUUUCGAUCAAUGUCCAGGGGAACGGUCUUGGUGGGGGCGGGAUGGGGAUGGGGUAUGGGGAUCAGUAUACGUCGCAGCAGGGCUCGGGAUCCGGGCAGGGUCAGAGUCAAGGGACGGAUCAGUCGAUGCUAGGCGCCUCCUCGGGGGGGCUCAACUUUGAUUUUGGAGGUGAGAAUGGGUUCGGGGGUGAGAUGUUGGCUGGGGAAGGGAUGGAUAGUGUGAGUGAUGGGUUGAAGGGUGGGGAGAAUCAGGGAUUAUCUGCCGCUACCAUCCUCAGCCUCCUAGAAGAGGGCAGUUUCGACUACGGGGCCAUGUUUACGGAUCAAGCACCUUUACCUAUGGACUUUGGGGAUGGCGGGAACAUGUAG